AUGUCCUCUGCUCAUGAUGCCACCACCAAGAUCUCCGUUGACAAGUUCGACGGCGACAACUACGCGACAUGGAGCCGCUACAUGCGUGGCGUGUUCCUGAUCAAGUCGACGUGGCACGUGGUGAACCGGGAGACGUCGCCGACCUACACGGACGAUCGCGCCAUGGACGACUAG